UCCCAUCCAACUUGGGUCGUGCCCUUUUAUCACUGCCACCUGGAAUUGCGACGACUUGUUCACUGCCACGCUACCUACCUCUUGCUCGCUGCGAUAUUUCCUAGUGCUGCAUCUCCCUGCGUAACAGAUUCUCCGCGCAACGGUCCCAGCCACAAACCAACAGUUCUCAUAACCUUCACGCGACCACCUCAAUUCUUUACGAAAACACAACACCUCUUCGACCACGAUCGAGUAAACAUAGAAUCUCACAAACAUGUUCGGCGUAUCAUAUUGGAUCCUACCCAUUUUCGCAGCAUGUUGCUGGCUAGGCACCCUCUUGGGUAUGCUGGGAACUUGGAUUGCCCAGGGCUCACCCAGAUAUGUUAGCAUGGAACCUGGACAGAAAAUCGCAUACAUCUCGGACAUUGGUGCACAAGGGCUCCAACCUCUCUUCAUCGCUGGUUCUGCCGUUACUGUCGUCGUGUUUGAUUGCGUCUUCAUCUCGGAGCGUUGGCUGCGACACCAGGGCCGUCUUGCCCACAACACCUCGAAUGUUCAGAAGGGCUUGUCCAUUGGCGCUUGUCUCUUCGCCCUUGCCGGUGCUGCUGGUCUAAUCACAUUGACCAUUCUUGAUACUGUCAACCACCCCAGGGCUCAUGACAUCGGUCUUGGUAUUUUCAUCAUCGGUUACAUCAUCUCGGCCAUUUUCGCAUGCGCUGAAUACCAACGUCUGGGUAUCCACUUCCGCCAGUACCGCGUCCUACGUGCUUCCUUCUGGAUCAAGCUGGCUUUCAUCUUUGUUGAGAUUGCUCUUGCUAUCGCUUUCGUCGCUCUCGGUAGACAUAACAGUCAGCGCAACAAAGCUGCCAUCCUCGAAUGGGUCAUAUCGCUUGUUUACAUCAUCUACGUCGGACACUACUGCAUGGACUUCUUCCCUGCCGUCCAUAGCAAGGACAACCGCUUCCCUUCUGUCGAGGAGAUGAUCGAGAACGGCGGUAACGGCCCCUCCUACUCUGGCGGUCCCACCUUCUCCGACCACGCCUCGUACGCAAGCGAGAACCCCAUGCGCAAUGGCCAGACCGUCGAACCCAGCAGAAACUUCUAAGCUGCUCGACUUCAAGAUUCAAGAUGCGAAAUAUACUAGUACUAAUAAACUAACCUUCUUCAUGUAUUUUUAUUGAGUUAUGACGACGACAACGAGUGGCGUUUGCAUGUAAUGUCAAAAGGAUUCCAGGAAUAUGACAGGGUGGACAUACGGUCAGGGAUGGGUCAGCAUGGCUCUUGGUUAUCGUCUUUUUUUUUUCGAAAGUUCUGCUCGCGUUCAAAACAGCGAGUCAUCUCUUUCGCUGGACGCAUUUUCUUUUCCUUCUUUUUCGCUCUGUACGAACAGAUUACAAUAUUAUAUGAGCUAUAGAUGAUAUCAAACACUUUACACACCUUG